AUGAAUAUUUAUUUUAUACAAUUAAUGAAUGUGAUCAUUUUCAUUUAUAAUAGAGAUAAAGAGAAUUAUAGGAUGAAUAAUAAAACAACAUUUCAAGAUGUAUUUAGAAUAUUGUAUAUACGUCGUAGAAUAUUUCAAUCAAUUGAAGAGUUGUCAGAGAUUGCUAUGAAUCAUCAAUCGUCAUCAUCUGCAUCACCUCGUUUUCUUGAAAAGAAACCAGUAUAUAUUAAAGGAAGAGAAUUACAAAAGUUAUCGGUAUUUGAUUUGGUUGCAAAGUAUGCAUUGCCAUGGAGUAUGGUUGGUGGCUUGUUUGAGGGGAUUUCAUCGGAUCAAGUUGACGCUGAAAGACAGCACAAGAUGAUUUCAAGAGGUAUCUUUUUCUUCAAUGCAAGAGACUCUCACAGAGUAUGGAUUAGAGACGAUUGCAAAAUAUGUACAUGGAGAAUCGGUAGUGGUACCAAUCCUCAACUAUCUCGUCGAGAUUAG